AUGGCGGCCUCCGUAACUGCUGAAAAAGCUCAGCAAAUAAUUGAUGAUGUUGCUCUGGAGCGAGAAUUAGCUGAACUUGAGACAGAAGAAAUUCCAUCUCAUAUCAGAGAAGCUAGAUUGGAUACCUUGAAGCAACAGUCGCUUCACUUCCAUCAGAUGAAAGAGUUGGAUUGUGGAAAAUAUACGCUAUUACCGGAUGAGAGAAGUUUUCUGGAUCUGACAACAUCUCCUGAAGUACAGCAGUGCGUGGUUCACUUCUUUCAUCCAGAUUUCCGGCGAUGUGCAAUCGUGGAUGCCCACCUGGAGAAACUGUCCAGGAAAUAUUUUGAAACAAAGUUUGCCAAGCUGAAUGUGGAGAAAUCCAAUUUUCUUGUGACCAAACUGAAAAUUCAGACAUUGCCCGCUAUCUUCUGUUUCAAAAAGGCUAUCGUGGUUGACAAAAUCGUUGGAUUUGAAGAGCUUGGUAACACAGAUGAUUUUCCACUCAUUGUCCUUGAGAGACGUCUGGCUAGAUCCGGGGUUAUCAAAUUGUCUGAAGAUGAAGAUCCGUCAAGGAAGACAGUAUUUGGCAACAAGAAGUCAUCAAUACGGCAGAAGGAUGACGAUGACAGCAGUGAUGAUGAUUAA